AUGGCUUCUACUGUUCUGCACCUCGUCGCGCUGUCUGCUGCUUUAGGCCAGGCGGCGGCUUCUUUCAGUCUGAACGUUUCGGGCCCUAGCUGGGACUACACAACCAAAGACUUAGCCGACUCGACAUCCCAGGCCUGCAAGGAUGCCUACAGUGCCGCUAUCGACUGCGAUGAAACCCUGGUAAAGCUCGUCGCCUCUUUGGAUCCCGACUUCAACCCCAAUGCCGCGGAUUUGGAGACGACGUGCACUACAAAAUGCAGUGACUCAUUGGCUCAGUACGUCAAGAAUGUCAAAGCUGCGUGUGACAAGGACGGCGAUCGAGCGGGACUGGCGGACGGAAACGACCUUGACUACUCUGCCGCUGUCGCUACGGUGGGCGAGGUUUUCCAGUACUACUAUGGCGAGGCCUGCGCCAAGAAUGGAAGUAACUACUGUUACUUGACUUACUCCGAGAGCCAGGACUGGGCCAAGACCGACUUCCCCUGCACCGACGAAUGCGCAGUCAAAUUCUACGAAAACGCUCACGACCAGCCCGGCUCCGGAUACUUCUUCAGCUACUUUGUGCUCGCUAGCCAGUCCUCGUGGUGGGAUGGAACCUUUGCUGGUGGCUACAAGACCGUGGAGAAGUGCAAGGGCCCAAGCGACGCAAGCUCCGGCACGAGCGGAAGUACCAUCAAGACCGAUGUCGCUGACUUGUCCACCAGUCAGACUAGCUCCGGAGCGGCUACGUCUGCGACGUCGGCCCCGACGGCAGCGAAGGCAAAUGAUGCAGCUCAUAUCUCUGGAACUACCAGCGCUGCAGCUAGUACAGCUACCGCGACGAGUGGUGCUUCUAGACUCCGAAUUCUCUGGUUUUAA